UUAUAAAAGAUCCUCUUUGCAAAUACUAUGGACAAUCUUUCCUCUCAGCUACUUUUUAUUUGCAUAAUCCCCGUCAAACACUGACGCACAGAUUUAUAAAUAAAUGUUGUUAAUAUCUGUCAGCCUUCCAGGAACUCUGGUUACCUGUUUACAUGUUUCUAUGCUCACACACACAGUAAAGGAACUUCCUGUUUAUGGCCAGCUGUGCCCCACUGUAUCCUGACUGAGAGUCCGACCAGAUCCUGGCAUCUGAGCUCUGACCUCUAACCCUGGGGGGCCGGGGGGGCCGGCGGGGAGAAAAUGCGGUACACCACCCUCUUGGCCCUGCUGACUGGGGUCAUGCUGUACCUGGGGAUGGGAGCACUGGUUUUCAGCACCCUGGAGGCCCCCAAGGAGAGUUCGUCAUACGAAGACCUUCUGAGAACCAAGCAAACCUUCCUGGAUAAUAAUUCCUGUGUGACCGAGCUGGACUUCCACAAGCUGGUGAAGGGAGUGGUGUCUGCAGUGGACGCAGGCCUGGAUGUGAGCAGACUGUCCGGUAACUUCACCAGCCGCUGGGACGGACCCUCCGCCUUCUUCUUCUGUGGUACCAUCAUCACCACCAUAGGCUUUGGGAACCUGUCUCCUCGGACGUGGUACGGCCAGCUGUUCUGCGUGUGCUACGCCCUGGUGGGAAUCCCCAUGUUUGGCAUCCUGCUGGCUGGAGUGAGCGAUCACAUGGGCACCGUGCUGCGCAGAGCUGUGGCCAAGAUUGAAACCCUCUUUCUGAAACGUAUGGUCAGGCCGACCACCGUGCGCGUGAUCUCGGCGGUUCUCUCCAUCCUGAUUGGUUGUCUGAUCUUCCUCGCCGUGCCGACGGUCGUGUUCCAGAGGGUGGAGGACUGGUCCUUUCUGGAGUCUCUCUACUUUGUCGUCAUCACUCUCACCACUGUCGGCUUCGGAGACUACGUACCAGGUGGUGGUCGUGAGGACGGCUUGUUCUUCAAGCCUUUGGUGUGGUUGUGGAUAGUUUUUGGUCUUGCCUACUUUGCCUCCAUCCUCACCAUGAUCGGCAACUGGUUGAGGGUGCUGUCGAAGAGGACUCGCGCUGAGAUGGAGGAGUUGAGAGCCCAUGCCACAGACUGGACCCAGAACAUCCAGAACAUGUCCAUGGACUUCCGCAUCCCAAACCCUCUGGAGUUCAACGACCCCUUCCUCCUGCAGCGCCGGCGCUGGAAACGCAGCGAGCGCCGGCGCGUCCGUCGGGGAGCCGAGGGCACUCUGGGAUACUGGGCUGAAGUGGGACUUCAGAAUGGAUACCUGCCAAACCGCUGGGGCGGCCUCUCCAAUUCCAUGAGCCAGCUGGAGGCCCAUUCUUCUAUCGAGAGGGCGGUGGUGGCGAAGUCCAGGCCACGGAUCAGUGCUGUUGGAGGGGGAACAGUCCCGAGAGCAGGGCCUGGGCUGAGGGUCGACCCCACCGUGGGUCUGCACGUGGAGCGAAGGUCGUUUCCUCACCUGCUGGCCCGCUCGUUUUCCGUCCCGAUGGCCAUCUCCACCUCAAAGCUGAACGCGGCAGCUGCAGCCAUGCAGGGAGAAUCUCUGUCUGGAUCGGAGUCUCCAUAUGACUCCAGAUCAGAUGGCUCCUCGGUCUCCUCGUCCUUCCUGGCGCACCACCAGUUCCAGCCCUGCUGCACCAUCAGCACCAUGGAGAAGGGAGGAGUGAGAGCCGCAGACAUGGACGCAGUACAAGAGAAAUACAAACGGCUUCCAGCAGAGAAAUGGGGAUCUGUAGCAAACAUUACCUACAAACAAACACAUACCCAAGCCUUUCGCCCACGCUCCUCCCCUCCUUCCCCCAUUCUACCUCAAUCUCCGCCAUCAAUUAUCCUUCCCUCCCCUCCCCUCAACACAGCCUCCUCGGCCAGUUGCCAGCUACUGGAUUUUUUCGGGGAGAACCUAGCAUACAUAGACGAGUCCUCAGACACGCUGAGCGACCGCGCCCAGCCGGAGGCAAGGAAGAAACGGCCGCGGAAGCCCAAGAGGAGGAGCAUGAGGAGGCAGCUGCCACACAGGUGGAGCCCCCUGCCGGUGAGGAAGCCCAACAGUGACAUGCAGCCACCAUCAAAUCCCCCUACACCACCCCCAGACUCUUCUCUGUCAGACCUGCCCUCGUCGAAGCAGCAGACAGAUUCCGCCGCUGCACUCUGACCACCACAGCCACAACAUGACAUGACAAUACAUAAAGAGCCCCAAACAACAAACCUGACACUCAAGCAACAUGCAAACCAAAUCCACAUCCCACUUCACAAGUCAACAAGUGACCCCUGCUUUUUGCGUUUGACCUCGCAAUGUCAGCCCAGGAACUUUGCUUUGUUACUUUGUGAUGUGACAAAGCUCAAUAGAUAUUUGCUCAGGACAGAAAUCUCCACAACAGAUGAAUUAUGGCUGUUUUCCUCCACAGAGAAACUCCAGGUUUUUCCUCAAAAAAUAAUCUAAAAAGACAAAUGGGCCUUUUAGAAUGAGUGAAUAAUAUUUGACUUUAAAACCGUCCACACCUGCCGUAAAUAGUUGGCCGGGAGUUCUCAAGGUUUCAGGAGGCAAUGAGUCACAUCAUGAUCCAGACAUCAUUACACAUAAUUAUCCUCUAAGUUAAUCUGACUUCGAUGCUGCUCUGACAGAUUCUUCACUAAGUGUCCGAUUUAAGGUGGAUUUGUGAGGCUCACAUUUGACGAGGGACUAACAGCCUUAAAUUCAGUGCAGGGUUUUACAGCUGAGGUGUAGGCCACUUCCACAAACAUCAAAAAUGACGUCACGAAAUUUCAAAUUAAAAGGGAAAAUUAACAGAGGAAAGAUUUUACACGGCAGGUGCCAUAAUGCUGUUUAGGCCACCAUCUACUAACGAAGAUUAUCACAAGUUCUUCAUGGUGUCUUUUCACCUCAAAUUAAAAGACAUUCCUGUGGUAAAACCCUGUGGUGGGUGGAGGAAGUGAACCACAACAACCGUACGUCAGAGUUCAUGCUCAAACCGUCAAACAAGUCCUGACCCAUUAAAGCCUUCAAUCUUAAAACUGUCCAAAAGUUUGAAGGACAAAAUGGACGACCAACAACGUUAUUUAAUCUGCUGGUUCAUGAAAUGACUCUUGAAUGUUUUUCAUUGUUCAGUUUGUGUCCACCGCUUUGUGUUCAAAUGUUUGUGCUGCUUUACACCAUGACAAGUAUCUUCGUGUGUUCGCCUCAGAUAGAAGUGGUCAGAGAGAUAAACUCGAGCAAAGUUAUUUCAAAUGUUGUGGUGUUUACCAACUGUGCCAUCGAGUGCUCGUCGACUUGAAGUGCUUUUGGUCGUCGGCUGAACUCUGUGAGCUGCCUCGUAUUCUCCUCCAGCGACACAUUAAAGUGAUUAUUGAUGAUCAGAUCUCUAUUAAAACACACACACUGUUAUUUGACACUAACAUUACUUGUCUGUGCAGAUGCCUUUAGGAUUUUUUUUAUAUUAUUGUGACAGAAUGGAGCUUUAUUUUCUCAUUUAUUUUACUUCUUACUCGUUCCAGUGCACGUUGAUGACACAUCACACCUCCAGCCAAUGGCUUUACACUGUUCGUCUGAUCAAAUGGUCACAGCUCAUCGCACAUGUCAGGCUCGUAAACAAAGAUGGAAACAGUGCGGGUUUCGAGGACUUUAGACAAUAAAGGCGAUCAAAUUUUUUACGAGGCUGGUUUGUUGGACUUCAGGGAUGCACACAAAGACUUACAGUGAAUGUAAUCAAAAACUUAAAGUUGAAAAAGUGUGAAUAUACUACUUACUAUUUCUAAACUGUAUCGGAGUGUGUUCAUGCUGGAAAGUGACAAAAUUCUGAAUACUCAAAAUAGUUCUCGAAAACUUCUUGGAAAACAUAAAGUGGAAAGACCUGUUGCUUUCUCUUCAAUUGACAUAUCUCUUGUAGUAUAUAUAUACAAAUUUAAAACAUGUGCAGAGCAACAUUUAGUUUACUGUGCUACUACCAGGGUUUCUGCAGGGUCUUAAAGCGUUUUAAGCGUUUACAAGAGAGUUAAAUUGAAUAAUUAGAAUUCUAGGCUUCUAAAAGUCUUAAAUAAGUUUUAGGCAGGUCUUAGUUGUGUUAAUGUUCAUUUAACACCACCUCCAUCAUGCUUUACAAUAUUGUUUGGAUGGCAUACAUAGUUUGUUAUGUCUGUGUGUUGUUCUUUCUCAAUGAUACAGCACCUUUUUUUUUUUAUUUGCACAAUGUAUUAAAACAAUAACUCUGGAUACCUGA